UCCUCCUAUUCUCGCGUCCAAUUAAUUAUUAUGGUCUGGCCCUUUAAGACAGAGCAGCAGGUCAGCAAGUAGUGUAGAGUUUCUCUAAUUGAACUUCGCCCAAUCAACAAUAACUCGUUAGCAGUUGCUUGAUCUUUCUUGUUUCUCCGAGACAGUUUAUUUUCGUGUAGCGAAUCGGCCCCCAGCCAGUGCCGUUAUACUUCCUAAAGAUCUUCAUGGGGCUCUUCAGAAAAAGUUGGACUCAAACAAGGGGACUACGUUUGUGGUGCCUAUGAGAACGCAGCCUACGCCUGAAGCAUGGUGUUUUGGGAAGAGCAUUUCAGACUGAAGAUCUUCAAAGAUUCCGUUUAAAGAAACGAUAAGGCCCUGAAAACGUGGUAUUAUAUGCAUAAACCAACGGUCGAGGCAAAUCAGUCGAAGUAGAAAACUUUUUUUGAAAUUGUUUCUUAGGACUGCGAUGACCUCCAGUAAAGACAUGAAGACAGGCUCUGUUUUGCAGUCCAGCGGCGAGGAGAGGAGACGGGGUCCUUUGGACCAACUCCCACCCCCUGCCAACUCCAACAAGCCUCUCACCCCAUUUAGUAUUGAGGAUAUUUUAAACAAACCUUCUGUAAAGAAAUCGGUCGCUAAUCUCUGCCCACCCCGAGCGCUCGAGAAAGUGACUGGCUCGAGUGCGGUUCGCAACGGUAUCACCACUCCUUCGUCGCCGUUAUGCGCUCUGGAGGAGCUAGCAAGUAAAACAUUUAAAGGUCUUGAAGUCAGCGUUAUACAAGCAGCAGAAGGUCGUGAACAUUUAAACGCCUUCGGCCAACGACAGGCGUCCAAGAAGCGACGAAAGUCCCGCACCGCUUUCACGAACCAUCAGAUCUACGAACUGGAAAAACGCUUUUUGUAUCAGAAGUAUCUGUCACCAGCCGACAGAGAUCAAAUAGCACAGCAGCUGGGUCUGACCAACGCGCAGGUUAUCACCUGGUUCCAGAACCGACGAGCCAAGCUCAAGAGAGACUUGGAAGAAAUGAAGGCAGACGUUGAGUCCCUCAAGAAAAUCCCACCGCAGGCAUUGCAGAAACUGGUGGCCAUGGAAGACAUGGAUGACCCCCAGGGUGGAUCGGGUCCAAUCUCCCCCAGUAUAUCUCCAUCUUCACACGGCCACAGAGCCUUCCCUCAGUCACCGCCCUCUUCCAGAGGCCAAACCACAGACGAGUUCUCUGAGGAGGAUGAAGAAAUUGAAGUGGACGAUUGAAAAUAGGCCCUUAUUUUCACAAAUGGGCAUUUUUCACUUUUGCACGGACGCUGACUCUGCGGAAGAGUUUGAAAUUGAAAGGAUGUUUUUCUCUCGCUCAUGUUUUAAUUUAUUGCAAGGAUUGGAAAGCCUUCAAGAUUUCCCCGUUUCAGACUGAAGACGUGCGUCAGGAGUACAUUUUCAUUCAGUAGGAUAUGAGAAUUGAUUAGUGAUUGUGGUACAGGAUCACGACUGCAACAUGUGUAUGUACAUUUAAGUUUUAUUUCGUCACAUAAUUUGAGGGGAAACGUGUGCAAUUGUUUUGUUACACAGUUCAUCAUCACCAUCACACUAUUUACAUCGUUAUAGCUGCUAAUGAUACGUAUCUGCCAAAUGUGAUUUUUCAACUAAUUUCUCAAAUAUAUAGACAUAUUUAUAUUUAUACAGUGUAAAAAUAGGCUUGCAAUUUGACAAGCAUUCACUAAAACAAAUAGUCCUGUUGAGGAUAAGAUACAAUUGCUGAAACAUUUUCUUCCGUAUUAUUGAUAUAUGAACAAUUGUACAAUUGUACAAUUAUGAAUUUUGAAUAGAUCUUCAUGGCCAAAUUAGUGAAAUAACAGGAGGCAAGGUUAUGUGUAUGUCACCUUACGAUGCAUUUUACGAUAAAGUUACUGUAACAUUCUAUUUAAUCACCAUUUAUGUAAAUAAAGGGUAUAUGAUAUUUCA